AGUCGCCGUUAAGCCCCUCAUUCCACACAAGUGAUGGCCAGCCAUAAUACAUGGCGAGGGGAUGGAUUUUACGCCAGACCGGGGGUCCUCCGUUCAGAGCUCUGACUUCUCAUUUCAGUCGAACCCAAUUUUCCAGCCACCGUCCCAGCCGGCGGCGACGGAGGGAGAAAAGUUUCUCAUUUCCCUUUUCAGCGCGUGCCUGAUUCAACUCGAGCACUUGAUCCAUUUUACCCCCGUCACAAUGAUCCGAUUCAUACUGCUCCAGAACCGGCAAGGGAAGACGCGAUUGGCCAAGUAUUACAUUCCUCUCGAGGAAUCUGAGAAGCACAAAGUCGAAUACGAGGUUCACAGAUUGGUUGUGAACAGAGAUCCCAAAUUCACCAACUUUGUUGAGUUCCGAACAUACAAGAUAAUCUAUAGGCGCUAUGCGGGGCUAUUUUUCUCGCUCUGUGUUGAUAUAACAGACAACGAGUUGGCUUAUUUGGAGUGCAUCCACUUAUUUGUGGAGAUCUUGGAUCACUUCUUCAGCAACGUGUGUGAGUUAGAUUUGGUCUUCAACUUUCACAAGGUAUACCUGAUUCUAGACGAGUUCAUUCUUGCUGGGGAGCUCCAAGAAACAAGCAAAAAGGCCAUCAUAGAGAGAAUGGGGGAAUUGGAAAAGCAGGAGUGAAGUGUGGUAGACAGCAGUUGUCCCUGUUUUUUUACUAUUUAUCUUGCAGUAAAAAAAUAUACGUUCACCUUGACUUGUCAUCAGAGUACACCUGUGUUUUUCUUGUGCUUGUUUUAAUUAGAUUUGAAUGUGGAUCCUUUGUCUCCACUCUACCUGUAAAUGGGGUUGAAUAUACUUCUGCUCAGAAUGGAGGUUUUCGUUCAUUUUUCUUUUGCCCCAUACACCCUUCGAAGGAAGUUGAUUAUUC